AUGAGUUUACAAACUAUUUAUGGAACAUCAUCAAAUCCAGCUGCUGAUUUGGUGAAUUUGAAAACGCGGGGAUUUUUGACCCAUCCAAAUCACUAUUUAUUCAAACUUUUGGAGUCAUUAGAAUUAUGCUUUAUGAAACAUGCUGAAUCUUUAAGUCCUUUUGAUGAUACACAUGAAGAGUUCUUCCAGACAGAGAACAUAACCAUAACUUUUCCAUGUAAUCUACAUAAGACAGAAAUCAUAACAGACAUUUUUAUUAUGUAUUCAACAAUGAGGAUGAGACAGUAUAGUUAUACAAAAAAUCAGGAAGCAAAAAAAUUAAACAAAACCAAGAAAAAAAUAUCUAAAUUAGUGUCCUCUUAG